GCAGGCUGUCCACCCCGCCCGCGCUCCCGCCUCCCGGCCGCUUCCUUUUGUUUGGUUUUCUCUUCUUUCUUUUCUGUUUCUUCUCAAACUUCUGGAAACUAAACCUGAGCCAGCAGGUUGAAGCUGACAUGACCUCCGAGAAGGAAAGCAAUGGACUCGACAACUAUGCCUUUGCGUUGGAAGGACGUUUCUGUGAUCUACAAGAAAAAGGAGAAGACCUGGACUCGUCUAUCGAUGAAGACACAAACAAACUGGCUUACUGCGUGACAGACGUCCCGCCCUGGUACCUCUCCAUCCUCUUAGGCGCUCAGCACUGUUUGACUGCCUUUGGCGGCAUCAUCGCCAUCCCCCUCAUCCUGUCGCAGGGUCUGUGUCUGCAGCAUGACAGCCUCACACAGAGCCGCCUCAUCAGCACCAUCUUCUUCGUGUCUGGAAUCUGCACCUUGCUGCAGGUCACCUUUGGCAUCAGGCUGCCCAUUCUUCAAGGCGGCACGUUCACGCUGCUGGCUCCCUCCAUGGCGAUGCUGUCCAUGCCAGAAUUUAGGUGUCCUGCCUGGACCCAAAACGCCAGCUCAGUCAACACGUCGUCCACAGAGUUCAUAGAAGUGUGGCAGCGUCGGAUGAGAGCUCUGCAGGGCUCCAUUAUUGUGGGCUCGAUCUUCCAGGUGUUUGUUGGAUUUUCUGGCCUCAUCGGCCUCUUCAUGCGCUUCAUUGGACCUCUCACCAUUGCUCCCACUAUCGCUCUUAUUGGUCUGUCGCUGUUUGAUUCAGCUGGGAGCAGCGCUGGAAACCACUGGGGCAUCUCUUCAAUGACCACAGCCCUGAUCAUCCUGUUUUCACAGUACCUCCGUCACAUAGCCUUGCCCUUUCCUACAUACAGCAAGGAUAAAAAGCUUCACACUUCUCGAGUCUGCAUCUUUCAAAUUCUCCCUGUCUUGUUGGGAAUCACAGUUUCUUGGCUCAUUUGUUACAUCUUGACGACGUAUAACGUUCUUCCUGCUGAACCAGGGCAGUACGGUUACCUCGCACGCACAGACCUAAAAGGAGAAGUAAUCAGCCAAGCUCCCUGGUUUACCUUCCCAUACCCAGGACAGUGGGGGAAGCCCACGGUGAGCCUGGCCGGCGUGGUGGGGAUCCUGGCCGGGGUGAUCUCCUCCAUGAUCGAGUCUGUUGGUGAUUAUCACGCAUGCGCAAGAUUAUCUGGCGCUCCGCCGCCACCGAGACACGCCAUCAACCGCGGCAUAGGCAUCGAGGGAAUCGGCUGCCUGCUGGCUGGAGCGUGGGGAACCGGAAACGGAACCACUUCCUACAGCGAGAACGUCGGCGCGCUCGGUAUCACCAAGGUCGGGAGCCGCGUGGUCAUAGUGGCCAGCGGGGUGUUCAUGGUUGCCAUGGGGAUACUUGGUAAAAUGGGUGCUGUAUUUGCCACCAUCCCCUCUCCGGUGAUUGGAGGCAUGUUCAUGGUCAUGUUUGGUGUCAUCUGUGCAGCAGGAGUCUCUAAUUUGCAGUACGCAGACAUGAAUUCAUCCAGAAAUAUCUUCAUUUUUGGCUUCUCCAUGUUCUCUGGUUUGGUCAUUCCCAACUGGAUAUUAAAGAAUCCCAAAGCUAUUGCUACAGGUGUGGUAGAGUUCGACCAGAUGCUGCAGGUUCUUCUGACAACCAGCAUGUUUGUCGGCGGUUUCUUCGGCUUCGUGUUGGACAACACCGUCCCAGGAUCGAAGCAGGAGCGCGGCAUCCUGGCCUGGAACAAAGCUCAUGAAGACGAUUCAUGUGAAACUCUGGAGACCGGAGAGGUUUACAACCUCCCAUUUGGCCUGACCUCCUACCUGUCCUCGUUCUCCUGGCUGCGCUACGUCCCGUUCUGCCCGCCGGGCCUGUCCAGCUCCCUGGAUCCCAAGCAGCCGCUGGGAACUCCAGACCCGGGCCAGAUCAUGAUCGGAGUUGGGUUGUGAGCCACGGUUUCAUGUCACGGUGCCAUCAUUUGGGAUUUUCCAAACACACCCCCACCAGAGGCAGCUCAGGUUCUGUAACAUCUCAGAGACAGUGUACUGUAGCAACAGUGUUUGGAUCUUAUAAUAAUUCAUCUUUCAUUUCGCAGCAUGUUUGGACUGCUACAUUGAUUUUUAAAUGAGAUCAAGUGGGGAAUUCAGAAAAUAACAAGGACAUGAAGGAGUAAGAAAGUAAUCUCUUCCAUUUCUUAGAAAUAAAAAGGCGACUGCAGAGCUAAGAUACUUUGACUGGACAAAGUUUAGAAAUAUGCAACAGCAGGCGAAUGCGACCCAUAUCCGACAGCAGGAUGUGGGUCGUUAUUAUCAUUUUCAGUCAUUAUUUACAUCCAGAUUUACCGUCUGGCUUCUUCUGCUGCUGCAUUAUGACACACGUUCACAUCAAUGACGUAAAAGUCAGAUAAAAUGUGACGUGAGCCUUCAGACAGCAGACUGUGAAAACUAUCUGAUACCAUUUAGUUUACAUGUGGAACCGAUCAGUUUUUCAAAGGGGGUGAAAAAAUUGGAAUUGGGACUGGAGUACAAAAAAAUAAAAAUCUGAUUUGGGUCGUAUUUGCCUGCUGUUGAACGCAGUCUAGGCUGAAUGUCAUGAACCUCCAGGACUCGAAGUCCUGAUGUUUUGUAUCUGAUCUUUUUCAUGCAGGCUACAAAGCAAAAACUGAAUUUAAAAAAAUCUUUGGCAGGAUUUGUAAAAAUGUAAACGUAACUGUUUCUGCUUCUCACCUUUUACCAGUGAACAGGAACUGGUAAAAUAGGAGUGAAACAUGUCUGCUGAUCUGCUGCUGCUGGAUACAUUUUUGGAAAGAUAUUUAAUGCAGUGGUGCUUUGCUUUGAAAUCCAAGAUGAUUUAUUAUUUACAGUGGAUCCUUAAUGACAAGAGAUUAAAAUUAAUCCAACAUAGACACUCUUAUUAAAAUUUUCAGAUAUUUUUCACUCAUAUUUGCAUAUCAUUUUCACUCUGUUGUGUUGUGACUCAUUUAAAGUUGUUCUGUUUUCGGUCUCAGAUGUCAGUUACAUGCAGGUGCUAGUAAAUCAAAUAUCCGAUGUAAAUAUGAUGUAAAUAUGGGAUUUCACAGUUCGAUCGUCUUUUGCUGAGAAUAUUUCAUUAAUUUCUUCAUUUUGAUUUCGGUUCAGUUCAUUUCUGAUUCUCAUUUCUUUCAGUUGCAACAUCUAAUAUUGAAUUUUUAAAGUGAUGUACAUUAAACUUAAAC